ACAGAAUUGUUUUGGAUUAGUUGAAAUUAGGAAGGCACUUAAAGCCUGUUUGCCCUAAGGGCGGCUCUUGGAGGUUCUGAAUUAACGUUAUUUCGGUUCCCAACAGUAGAAAGGAGCUUUUCUGGCCUGCAACUGAAAACAUGGCUGCGGAGGAGGAGGUGCUGGCCGAACUGGAAGCGUUAGACGCCGUCUAUGGAGGCGAUUAUACCAUCCUCGACAAGUACCCGCCGGUUUUUCAUCUUCGUAUCAAGCCCCGAACCGCCGAUGUCACUUCUCAACAGUUUGUGGAAGCAACCAUAAGCAUUCAGGCAGGUCCUAAGUAUCCUGAUGAGCCACCAUGCAUAAGUAUGGUUGACUCCAAGGGUCUUGAUGAGCAAAGGCAAAAGAAUUUGACAAGUUGAAUAUCAGAAAAGGCCAAUGAACUGUCCUCAUGUCUAAUGCUUGUUUCACUCUGUGAGGAAGCAGUGGAAAGGCUUUCUAGCAUGAAUCACCCUGAUGGGGAUUGCCCAUUGUGUUUGUAUCCAUUGGUUGAUGAAGCCAGAGGAAAAAGUUCUUUUCCCUUUAUGAAGUUGAUGUCAUGUUUUCACUGCUUUCAUUGUGAUUGCAUUAUUAGAUGGUGGAAUUGGCUACAACUUCAAAAAGAAAGAGAUGUUACUAACAUCUUGGGCUCUUCCUUUGCAUCCUCUAGCAAGACAGACGUUCAACAAGAGGAGAGUAAGGGAAAUUGCCCGGUUUGUCGCAAAGUUUUCACUGCCAAGGAUAUAGAGCACGUGCGUGACAUGGUGGAAAUGCAAUCACAUUCGGUAUAUAUACUUUAACAUAUACUAGUAUAUAUUCACUAUGUAACUCUGCAACUUCAUAUGUUUUCUGACUUAGAAAUGAUUUUGUUGGUUGGAAAGCAAAAUCUCACACUAGUUGCGUUCUCUUGGUGUAAAUC